AUAUUUACACUCAUGAAAAUGAACGAGCAACGAUUGGUGAUCUUGCACUUGCUGAAAGUAAAACAACAAUUUAAAAAUUGAUAUAAAUUAUAAAUAUUAAAUCAAGUGUUUGUUAAAAUUUAAAUUGAUUUUUUUUUACAUACAAAAUUAAAAAAAGUUACUUAUAGUUGGUUUAGUUUUUUGACAGUGGUUAAAAAUGAAGACCAAUUACAUUUCAUCAGACAAAAUAGUUGAGAAAGAAGUACUGACCCACGGAAGCAUAACAAAUAAACCCGAAGAAAAAUCAAUUUGCCAUUUAAAAAUCUCAGAUAUAAAAAUCCCAGAACACUUAAAUGUGGAACUGAACUCUAGCCUCCUAGAACCUGGAGAAAAAAUUCUGGUGAUUGGUAAAGCAGAUUCCGAGGUUGAUCGGCAAAUAGAACGCGCCGUAAGAUGGAUGGGCGAAGGCGAAACCUCUCUGGUAAGAAUAAACCUACCCUGCCCCCUAGCAGUGGAACUGAAAAUUACUUUAGUCAACCAUGAGAAAUUCAAGCCGAUCUGGGACUGGACGCCGGAAGAAAAGUUUAUCGUCGCAGCGCAGUAUAAGGAACGCGGCUUGAAGCUGAUGCAGGAAAAUAGAGUUAAGGACGCGUUUGUUUGCUUCAGUAAAGCCGUCAGCUUGAUCAUCACCUUGGAACCGAUUUCGGACCUACAGCUCCCCCUGGAGUUGGAACGGAAAAUUGAUAGACUGAGGACCAGUUUGUACAACAACAUGGCGAUGUGUCAGUUGAAGCAUGAGAACUUUGAACAUGCUAUUUCACUUUGUUCUAAAGUUCUGGCAAGAGAUAAGAACAACGUCAGGGCGAUGUAUCGACGAGGAUGUGCUUUUGCGGGGGUUAAAAAUAUUGAAAGUGCGUUGUUUGACUUUCAGAGGGCAGCACAUAUUGAGCCUAGCAAUGGGUUAGUUUGGAAGAAAAUGGUGACUUAUAGCAAACUUUGGGAGGAAGCUACCAAAAAAAGUGAUAAUUUGUUGAAGAAAAUGUUUAAAAUUUGAAAAUUUUGGUUGUUGAAUUAGAUUUCAUUUUUUGUAAUUUUUUUUUUAUUUAAUUUUGUUUUUUUUUUCAACGAAGAAAUUCAAGGGAUUCUGUUAGAACAAACUGUUAACCUAUAAUUCACUCUAUGAUUCACUAGUAACAAUUAUAUCUUCUUUAAAACAAAAUUUAUCAAUGUAAUUCUUUUUCUAAUCGAUUUUUGGGCCUAAAAUACAGGUUUAUAGAGAAAAAUUACGUUUAUACUACAUAUAGUUUUAUUAUAAUUGCCAAAAUAAGUCUAAAUACGGCAGCAAUAACUGGCAGCAUCUUCAACAGUGUUGAAGACAGUUUGGCGGCAAAUUUAAAAAUGUAAUUUAAAUUUUAUAAAAAAUAAAAUAAAAAUGAUUUUCUUUAAAUUAAUUAAUUAAAAAAAAAAUGUAAAAUUUACUGGCGGAUUAAAUAAAAAAAAUACUAAUAGAUACUAAGUAACCAUGAAAACAUAAAAAAAAUUAGGUUAAUAAAUUUUAAUGAACCAAUUGUCAACCUCUAUGAUUCACUAAUAACUACUAUAUCUUCUUUAUAAUAAAAUUUAUCAAUGUAAUUUUUUUUCUAAUCGAUUUUUGGGCCUAAAAUACAGAUUUAUAAAAAAAAUUACGUUUAUACUGUUGAUAGUUUUAUUACAAUCGCCAAAAUAAGUCUAAAUACGACAGUAAUUACUGGCGGCCAUCUUGAACAGUGUUGAAGGCAGUUCAGUUUGGCGGUAAAUUUAAAAAUGUAAUUUUAAUUUACAAAAAAUAAAAUAAAAAUGAUUUUCUUUUAAUGAAUUAAUU